GUGUGUGUGUGUGUGAACUGUUUCUGCUGCUUUGUCUCAGUCGAGCAGGAGGUCAGUCAGUCCGCUCUCCCGCACAGCCCCGCACACACGCAGGAUCCGCACAGCUCUCCACGCCACUUCUCCGCAGCUCCGCGCCUGAACAAAAAAAACCACUCACAUCGGCAUCAUGGGGAAAGGCUGUUUGACCGCCACCAAGUACUUCCUGUUUCUCUUCAACCUCAUCUUCUUCCUGUGUGGAGCUCUCAUCAUGGGUUUCGGACUGUGGCUCCUCCUGGACAAUCAGAGCUUCAUCGUCGUUCUCAAUAACUCCACAGCUGUGAAGGUGGCGUGCUACAUCCUGAUCGGGGUCGGAGCGUUCUCCAUGCUCAUGAGCUUCCUCGGCUGUUUGGGAGCCAUUUAUGAGAUCCGCUGUCUGCUCGGCCUGUACUUCACCUGCCUCGUCCUCAUCCUCAUCGCUCAGAUCGCAGCCGGCGCCCUCAUCUACUUCCAGAAGGACGUGCUCCACGGGGAGAUGUCAAAGGUCGUCACCAAGGUUUUGGAUGAUUACCCCGGGAACAACUCAACCACGGAGCAGGCCUGGGACUUCAUCCAGAGGAAGAUGGAGUGCUGUGGGUGGAGCGGUGGUAGCGAUUGGAACGGGAACAUGGUGAUCGUGAACAGUUCCCGCCUCUUGUUUCCAUGCUCCUGUCAGAACGUCUCCGUGUCCUCCGGUAACUUCUCCGAGAGCGGAUUCUGCGAGGCUCAGACGCCCGACUGGCCCGUCUACAGCACGGGCUGUGCUGACAGCGUGGAGAGCUGGCUGCUCACAAACAUCGGGGUCGUCCUCGGGAUCUGCCUCGGAGUCGCUCUCAUUGAGCUGCUGGGGAUGAUCCUGUCGAUGUGUCUGUGCAGAAACAUCCACACAGAGGAUUACACCAAAGUGCCAAAAUACUGAAGCUGCACGUUCCCCGACCAAAACCCGCAGAACAACCCAGAAGAAGAAGAAGUUUAAAUAAUGUGUUUUUAUGAUUUUUUUUUACCCGGCCUGUGUUUGGUGAAACUUUUUGUCCAAAUGUAAAAUAAUGUUUGCUUUCUAUUUUAUUCAGACGUUUUCUCUUUGAGGCGCUGCCUUCGUGUUCGGCUGUCCGUCCCGCUUUUCUUUUGGAGCACUUACGAUACGACAAAGAGGAAUAAUCCAAGGUGAACGCUCUCACUGCCAGUUUCCACAUCGUCCGUGCUCGCUGCGGUCCGUCAGCGCCGUUUGCGUCCACUCUAGUCGGUCUCCGGAGCGUCCCAGCAGCGCCGCUACGCUCUGCUCCGUUUCAAAUACGCUGCGAGUCUAUUUUCAACGGAGCUCGCUGCGGGCACGCGUCGAGCUGGACAGAAUAGAACGACCCAAACAGGAAGUCAGGCAAUCUGCUAAUUUCAAAAUGAAACACAACAAACAGACUCCUGAUCGUUUAUUCCAUCGCUUCACCAACGUGACGUCAAAACAGAAUGAAGAACAAAUCAUCCUCAGAGAGACAAAGCAUUGUGUUGUUAGCAUGUUGUUCUUUGUAUUCCCGCGUGAUCUCCCGUGAUCUUGUGGAGCAGAACCGUGGCGCUCACUAGUGUUGUGGUACUCUAAAUCGGUCCGGGUCUAAGUUAGUGACACACUGCACACAAGAUGAUGAUUUUAUAUCUAAAUUUAUGGUCUUGGCUCGGUCUCACCCUGCCUUGGUCUCGGUCUCGGUCUCGCGGUCUUGACUACGACCCUAGCUCUCACAGAACACAGCUUGCACAGACGUUGUGGAAAUGGUCUCUCAGGCUCAGAUUGAGGUCUCGCUGGUUUCCUCUGAGCGGCGUCGCUUCAUCGUUCCCCUGAAAGACCCGAACAGAAACCUGUCCUCUCUAACGUCUGCGGCUCAGCGAGGAACACCAACAAGCUGCCGACUGGAGAACCCCGUCUGAAUAAUGUGUUUUUUUAUUUUUAUACACCAGCGUUUGAGUUGUUGUGACAUGUUUUUGGUACUCUGUAUAUAAUUUGUGAAUUUAAAUCCCGACGGCGUUUUCUCGAGCGGCCGCUCUCUCUCCUUUUUACGAAGCUUUGGACGUUUUUUCACGUUUCCUUCAUUUUCAUUUGAUUUGCUCUUAACAGAAAUAAUAAUAAGGUACUAAAGAGGAACGUUUGGAUGGUACUGUUUUUCAAAGGGGGGUUUCACAUCAGGGACCCGGGCCCGGAUCCAAGUACGCUUGACCCCAAAGUCCAGUUCAUUAAAUCAGUGAGAACACAAACAUACCGUACUCAGGUACCGUGUCUGAGUCCUCAGGCAGGCCCGAAUCAUGUGUUCUCGAGUACGGUCCGCGGGAGAGGUGAAGAGCAAACCUGCUCAAACCAGGAAGUGCCCCGCUAUAUGACGUCAUUCUAAACGUCUCCUGUCGCUUCAUAAUCCCCAGUAUCCGCGCAGCACGGCGCCGUUUCAUCCUCUGAGCUGCACGGUUUAUGUGGAAGUAGGAAGAGGAUCGUCGUUGGCGUCUCAGAAAUAACAAAAACAUCCACAGUUAGCUGAAUGGACUCAGCCCGCGAGUGGUUGCCAUGGUUUCUUCUUCUUUCUGCCUUUUGGCGGAUUUGCAAAGCAACUGUGCAUAUUGCCCCCUGCUGUGUAAGGUACAGAACGAUGUUACUGAUGUGGCCGAGGGAAAGGGGGGGGGGGAAUCGUGUAGGCCACGGUAUGAAUCAAUCGUGCCUGAUGUGACACCGCCCUGAGAGAAUCGCUCCCGGUUUACAAUCAUCCGAUGAGCCAAAUAAAAACGAGACUUUUAGUUGUUGCCCGACGUUAACCUGAACGAGUAAAACGUUUCUUUGUAACCGCCGACAGAGAGACGACGAGAGACGAUGUUGGAGCUGAAAUAAUAUUUUUUGUUGAAAUGUUUUUAAACUUUGACUCCGUGGCGGUCGUGUUGUUUUUAUAAUGUUUAAGUCCUCCGCCCUGUUUCUGUCUCGAUGUACAGUCUGUAUGAAAACUCUCCUUUGACCUUUAACCUUUGUAACCAAUCAGAAGACCCUAAAGGAUUCUUUAUAACUCCAUGAACUUCUGUGAGAAAGCUGGAGACGUCCACGUGUACUCACAACAUUCAACUGAUUUCAUGUUGACAAUAAACUCAUUACAGGAC